CAACCCCUCGCUCGCCGGCCCAGUGACCAUCCAUCCAGCGGUCGUUCGUGUCUCAGUUUUCCUUCGGCAUUCAUCGCGUUUCUCACGGCGAACUCGCGUGGAGUUCGCGUUUUCAUCAUCGUGGAUUUGAACCGCGCGGCCGCGUACCCUUUUCAAGAUGAUGAAGUUCAAGCAACAGGGGCUAGUCGCGGACUUAAUGCCCAAUAUAAAGCUGAUGAAAGCUACCGGGCACUUCAUGUUCAAUUAUUACACCGACAGUUCCACGAAGCAUAUACAUAAAAUCUUCUGCAUCGUGCAUCUGGUGCUGGUCCUCAUGCAAUUUGGCUUCUGCGGUAUAAAUCUAAUGAUGGAGAGCGACGACGUGGACGAUCUCACGGCAAACACCAUCACCAUGCUGUUCUUUACGCACAGCGUGGUCAAGCUCGUUUACUUCGCGGUCAGGAGCAAACUGUUCUACAGAACCCUCGCCGUUUGGAACAAUCCGAACAGCCAUCCACUGUUCGCCGAGAGCAACGCGCGUUACCAUCAGAUCGCCGUGAAGAAGAUGAGGAUACUGUUGCUGGCAGUCAUAGGCACCACGGUACUAUCGGCCAUUUCCUGGACCACCAUUACUUUCAUCGGUGACUCCGUGAAGAAAGUCAUCGAUCCUAUUACGAACGAAACUACCUACGUCGAGAUACCGAGGUUGAUGGUUCGUUCUUGGUAUCCGUUCAAUCCGAGCCACGGGAUCGCUCACAUUUUGACGUUGGUGUUCCAAUUUUACUGGCUGCUGUUUUGCAUGGCGGACGCAAAUCUUCUGGACGUGCUGUUCUGCUCGUGGCUCCUCUUCGCCUGCGAGCAGAUUCAACAUCUGAAGAACAUCAUGAAGCCUCUCAUGGAAUUCAGCGCCACGUUGGACACUGUUGUGCCAAACAGCGGGGAAUUGUUCAAGGCUGGUAGCGCGGAACAUCCAAGAGAGACUGAGCCACUGCCGCCACCCACGCCACCACAGGGCGAAAACAUGUUGGACAUGGAUCUUCGGGGAAUUUACAGCAACAGAACUGAUUUCACAGCCACCUUCCGACCAACUGCUGGCAUGACUUUCAACGGGGGCGUGGGGCCAAAUGGACUGACCAAGAAGCAAGAGAUGCUGGUUCGCAGUGCCAUCAAAUACUGGGUAGAGCGACACAAACAUAUCGUAAGAUUGGUAACUGCAGUUGGAGAUGCGUACGGUGUUGCUUUGCUGCUGCACAUGUUAUGCACCACCAUCACAUUAACUUUACUUGCUUAUCAAGCAACGAAGAUACACGGAGUGGAUACGUAUUCAGCAUCGGUAAUAGGUUACUUAUUGUACUCCCUAGGGCAGGUCUUCAUGCUGUGCAUAUUUGGAAAUCGUCUCAUCGAAGAGAGUUCGUCAGUGAUGGAAGCCGCUUACUCUUGUCAUUGGUACGACGGGUCAGAGGAGGCGAAAACUUUUGUACAAAUCGUUUGCCAACAGUGCCAGAAGGCGAUGUCGAUUUCAGGGGCGAAGUUCUUCACCGUCUCUCUGGAUCUUUUCGCCUCGGUGCUGGGAGCUAUGGUCACCUAUUUCAUGGUGUUGGUGCAACUGAAGUGAACGUUGAAGAUCAUUUGUUUCAAGAUCGAGCGUGAAAAAUGCAGCGUUGAACUGUGCGUUAUUAAUAUCGUCGAACACGAGUCUCGUUCUUCGUAUCGUUUUCUAUCGGACUAUUCGUAUGAACGGAUUCAAGUGGAAAUUACAGGCCAGAGGACGACGUAGAAUUUGCAAGCUUCAACAAAGGGACAAAGUAUCGUUUGCCUCGCGAUUUUAAACGAAGAUUUCUAAACGAUCGAUGAAACUUCGAUUUUUAAAUGUUACUGUGGCCCUUAAUAAAUAUUCGGCCACUACAAUACGAAUUAAUUGUCUUUUAACAUAUUAAUAUUUAUUUGAACAUACUCAUUUGUAAUUAUAAUCCGAGUGA